GGUUGGGUGCCUUUUUCUCUGGGAUCCAAGUGGUUUCUGCAUCUCCUGUGCAAGCCUCUGCAAAAGGAGCUGAAUGAACCAGGGGCUGGAAAGGCUGCUCAGGCAGGGAAAGGAAGAGGCAUCAAGGCUUCUUUGGCUCCAGACCACUUUUGAGGGAGGAACCUGGUGAGGCUGACAUGGGAUCCUGGAGAAUGUAAGAGAGCAUCCAAUGCUGCUGGUGAUGAACACCCAGGGCAGGCUGAUGGAUUUAGCCCACUUUGUGCAAUUGUGUUUCCUGCUUCUAACCAUUGCAUCUUCCUGUCCAAGUAUUGCCGUGGCCAGUGAUGACCCUGCAAAGGGGACGCACGACUCUUCCUUUGGCAAGACAAAUGUGGCAGUCUAUCACUGUGAGAGCAAUGCAUGCGAAUCAAGCAAUUACGAAGACUGCACCAAAAUUGGUGAAACACAAAAUGAGAGCUUUUCAAAUGAAAUAAUUCAGUUGGUGACCAGUGACACACACAUCACCAUGUGCUUUCAUCAAGGAAAUACGCUUCCUAAAGGAAUUUAUGCAGUCUUCUGGGAGAAAGACAUGGGAGCAGGAGACUCGUGUGGCAUCCUGGAUUAUGAAGCUUCCUUGAAAAAUAGGUACAGUAACAUCAUUACAGAGGAGGUAAAAGUUUGCUGCAAAGCAAGCACAAACCUCUCAGUGCCCAACCAUACCUUGAGGUGCUACACUGAAGUGUUGGAUGAGAAACCCAGAAAAUCAACAGCCGACAUCACUGGUGAGGGAAAUCAAGAUAAUCCUCAAUAUUUGGUCAGUGAAAAGAGCAAUGUUGGUGUCAUCACCACCGUAACAAUUCCUGUGCUUUGCGUAGCAGCAGCUCUGGCAAUAUCUUGUGUGCUACGGAAAAGAAACGGACCUGUCAUAGUGCUUCAUCAGACUUCAUGUGAAUGGAGUGAAAUAUCUGUCUUGAGAAGAUGAUUCAUCUCGCCUUAAAAAGGUUUUAAGAUGAAACAGCUGUUAGAAAACUCAGGAGUGGCUUCGGACAGUUAAAGCCUCACGCCUAUUUGACAAACAUCCACAAAUGAGAAAAGUAGGCUUGGUGCUAGCACCCCACUCCUCAGUAGCGUCAUACAGCAUUCAGCUCAAGAAGCUCAUUUUAUGAGACCUCAUGGCAGUUUUCACGAACGUUCCUUCACCAAAUCCAUAUGUUCAGUGAAUACCCUUCAGCCACAGUUGUCCAGCUUCAGGCUUUCACAAGCAACACAAGAAGCUCCCUGUAUCUCCCCUCCUGCCCUGGUGCUUCGCUGAGGACAGCAGGCAUUGCAAGAUGUGUGCCUGGCUCAGCAGCACAGGUUUAAACCAGCUGAAUUCUCUCAAUGGUUUUCAUGACUGCAAUGAUCAGUCCGUGUGAAAUUCUGCAGAGAACUGUACCUGUGCUCAGGAAGGUUGUGCUGAACCUUGAGGUGGAUGCUCACUGCAUGUCUUCCAUUUCAUACUGUGAUAGCACGCCCACAGGGCUUUAUUUUCUUUACCUCCUAGGUGAUCUCUAGAUAAAAAAAUGAACUUCUUACAAUCCCUACAUCUGAAGACAGGUUUGGGUAUGCUGUGUGCAGUAUGUGAUGAAUGCUGCACUUCAGGGAUCUCCAUUUUGCAGUUGAAGCGAUUUAUCAUUCACACUUGAUUCAGUUAAAUCCCCAAAAGUUUACAUUAGACCUAAGCUGGCUUCAGGCUUGUCCUGGGUUCAGCUGUAGCAGUCAUUUUUCUUCU